CUUUCGUGUUAUUAGUGGUAGCACUACUUGUCAACCACCCCUCAUAUGUCACUCUGACAAUUCGAGUUUUUUGGCAAAAUAUUUUUGAAAAACGCUGUUAACGUAAUAAAAGUGUAAUAAGUGUACCAAAUGAAUGUGGCGAUUAAUUCGGUGUUUUGAAUUUAAUGACCACGGAGUCACUCGUUUUAGCACCACCCCAUGGGGGCUAAACACUCAGCAGUCCUAAAUGGGCUGCAAGUAAGAUGGGUAGCUGUUUUGGCAAGUGUUUGCCCAAUUCAGAUACUUCCAAAAGUCUACGCAACUUCAAUAUACUGCAAGGGCAGAGGAACGGAGUCGAAUUCUCUUUUUUGGUGGACGAUAGUUCCACCAGACAACAAAGCGUGAAAAGGAGCUUUUUUUCUCGGUUGUUUAGUAAAAGAAACGACAACAAACAGAAGCCAGUGCUAGAUUUGGUUGACGGUUUAUUGAAUCCUCAAUUGACUGCGUACAGUAGACUGAAUGAAUCACAGCGCCUUCCCUCAACAGGAUCAUGUACAAGUCGCGACAUUCAACUCCAAUGUUUGGACGCUCGAGCUUUGCUAUCAAGAACAGCAGCUUCAACACCUGUUAGUUCUUUAGACUUAGAAUGGGAACAUGAGACGAUUCCAAUUUCAAUGAUUCAUGAUCCAUCGGGGAGUUCCUGGACUGCGCUACCUGAAGACUUCUCAGAGUGUCCAAGUGAAGCAAGUCCUCAAAACACAGCUCCAGCAUUAAACAGCGACUCAGAUUGGUCGCGUGUUUCCUCAGCCAAUUCUCUAGAGUGGGAUAACGUCCAGAAUUCGAUUCAAGCCAGUCCACCUAUUUCAGAAAUUGACACAGACACCCAGAUGUUGCUCAGUGAGAUUGAAAGACUUACGAGUAAAACGCUACGUGAAACGGGUCAUGACUUGUUCAGCUGAUUUGAAACCACCGUUGUGGUAAAUUAAAUAAAUUUUAUUUCACGUAGAUUUUUAGGUAGAUGCUAUUGACUGAAACGGGUGAUGUGGUUAAAUUGAAUCAAAUUUUCCAUUUUUAAAUGAGUUGUUUCACUGUGAUUAGAAAUAACAAUUAUUAUUAAUCAUAUCAUCCAAAGAACUAGAUCAAAUAUUAUUUGUGAUAACAGAAUACUAAACAAAUGUAUUGGAUGUCAACACUCAACACUACAUUUAUUUCCUUAUUUUUAAAUUAUCAAUGGACGAAUCAGCUUUUUUGUUGGCAUCUGGUACAAUUAACUGUUAGUUUUAUAAAGUUUACACCAAGUCUCCAAAACUGAUGGAGAUCUCAAAACAUGAGUGGCAUUUAUUUGGAAACUGGAGUAACCCAUAAAAAUACAGUACGACCUCGAUGAUCCGAACUUUUCAAGAUAUAGGAUAAAGCCUACAAUUGCCUACUACAUUUAUUAUGUUACUUAUUUUAAUUUUGUCUUAAACCUUAUCUUAUUUUAAAUUCAGAUAAACAACAAUAAAAAACAAAUGGUUACAACUUUUUCUAGAGAGUAUUUUUACUUAAUUAUUUAAGUUGAAAGUGAAUCCCUAAACCCACUUAAAAAAUAAAAAUUAUAGGCAGUAUUGCAGAUUAAAUUAGCUGUUUGUCAAAUAGUAGAAAAAAAGUACUAUUUUAUUUUUCAUCAACCGAACGCCAGAAAUACUCCGUUUGUAUGUUUUACUAUGAUUUUUUUUACAAAACAAAUUACGAACUCUGAUUCAGAAUAUAACAAAGUUUUAAAGCCAAAUAUUUCGAAAUGUUUGAACACACAAUAUGUUGUUUUGAAGAAAGCAUAAAGUAAAAAUUAAAGAGCUACUAACUUUUUUCUUAGUAGUAUAAUAUCAAAGAUACUAAUGUGAAAAAUAAUACAGUCACUGCAUUAUAAUAACAUUGAUAACUAAUAAACAAUACCAAACAAUUAAAUCAGAAAAACUUGUGACAAAAACUGUUUAUGUUAUUAUUUUAUUUAUCUUAUAAAGAAAACUCAUCUUAAGAGUAAAAUAUUAGUUGCUUGUAAAUUAAUUUAACACCUAAUUAUGAUUUUUUAUUUCUCUGAAUUCAGACACGCAAAAACAAAAAACAAAUGAUAUAGCUUUUCCAGAGAUCAAAAUCUAGAGAGUGUUUUUACUUAAUUAAUUAAGUUAUAAAGUAAAUUGUGAAGUAAAGAUAAUUUGUUAUAAAAUCCCUAAAAAAAUUAAAAUUACAAGCAGUGUUGCGGGUUAAGUUAGACGUUUGUCAAAUAGUAGAAAAACGUGCUAUUUUAUUUUUCAUCAACCGAACGCCAGAAAUACUCCGUCUGUAUGUUUUACUAUGAUUUUUUUUACAAAACAAAUUACGAACUUUGAUUCAGAAUACAACAAAGUUUUAAAGCCAAAUAUUUCGAAAUGUUUGAACACACAAUAUUUUGUUUUGAAGAAAGCAGAAAGUAAAAAUUAAAGAGCUACUAACUUUUUUCUUAGUAGUAUAAUAUCGAAGAUAUUAAUGUGAAAAAUAAUACAGUCACUGCAUUAUGAUAACAUAGAUAACUAAUAAACAAUACCAAACAAUUAAAUCAGAAAAACUUGUAACAAAAACUGUUUAUGUUAUUAUUUUAUUUAUCUUAUAAAGAAAAUUCAUCUUAAGGGUAAAAUAUUAGUUGCUUGUAAAUUAAUUUAACACCUCAUUAUGAUUUUUUAUUUCUCUGAAUUCAGAUACACAAAAACAAAAAACAAAUGAUAUAGCUUUUCCAGAGAUCAAAAUCUAGAGAGUGUUUUUACUUAAUUAAUUAAGUUAUAAAGUAAAUUUUGAAGUAAAGAUAAUUUGUUAUAAAAUCCCCAAAAACUUUCUAAAAAAAUUAAAAUUACAAGCAGUGUUGCAGGUUAAGUUAGGCGUUUGUCAAAUAGUAGAAAAACAUAUACAAAAAAGUUUUAAGCCUUAACAACUAAAUGUUCGAACAAACAAUAUUUUAUUAUCGAAGAACGCAGAAAGUAAAAAUUAAAGCAAUUAACUUUUUUUCCUAGAAGUAUAUCGAAGAUACUAAUGUGAAAAAUAAUAUAGUAAAUUCUGAACAUCAUUGCAUUAAAAUAACUAAUAAACAAAACCAAACAAUUAAAACAGGAAAACUUGGUUCCUAAACAAUGGGACAAAAAACUGUUUAAGUUAUUACUUUAUUUUAUGUUAUGUUUACUAAACUAUUUUGUACUUGUUUUAUCUUGUAAGAUAAUAUCACCUUAAGAGUAAAAUUUCAGUUGGUAAUAAGUUAACUAAAUACCUAAUUAUAUUUUUUUUUUUGAAUCUGAAUUCAGGUGAAUUUUGAAGAGUACAUUUGUUAUAAAAUCUCUAAACAUUAAAAAAAAUAAAAAUUACAGUGUUACAGGUUCAGUUACCCGUUUAUAAAAUAGUAGAAAAAAUGCUUUUUAAUUUUUCAUCAACCGAACGCCAAAAAUACUACGUAUAUAUGUUUUAAUAUGAUUUUUUUUACAAACUUUUAUUAAGUACACAACAAAAUUUUAAGUCCGAAAUGUUCGAACAAACAAUAUUUUGUUAUUGAAGAAAGCAGAAAGUAAACUGAAGAAAGUAAAAAUUUAAGCAAAUAACUUUUUUCCUAAAAGUAUUUCGAAGAUACUAUGGCGACAAAUAAUAUAGUAAAUUCUGAACAUUAUUGCAUUAUAAUAACUAAUAAACAAAACCAAACAAUCAAAACAGGAAAACUUGACUACUAAACAUUGGGACAAAAAACUGUGUAUGUUAUUAUUUUAUUUUAUGUUCACCAAGCUGUUUUCACUUGUUUUUACGAUGACAUACUGCCAUAAUUUGUCGUAAAAUAAAAUCACCUUGAAUGUUUUUAUUUUGUAAAAUAACUUGGUUUCAGUCUUUUUUUCUAAUUUAAUUUCUACUAACUGAAGCAACGUAUUUUGUGUGUUUAGUACAUUUGUAGGAACAUUUAGUUCGGAUUAUCGAGGUCGUACUGUAUUGUUCCAAAUUUGUGCCGGUCACACUGUAUAAAAGGUUCACCCCGUAAUAAAAAUGAAUGUUUGGUGAUUAAUUUGUUGGUUAGUUUAGUGAAAAUGUGGUUUAGAGGCCUAUAAGAACGGUUGUUUUGAACAAAUCCCACCCACACAGGUUGUGCUUUUUCUUUGAAUCGAAUGAAAGUUUAUUACUUGUGAAAUGAUUUCAGCAAUAUAAACACAGCGACUGCAACAAAUAAAUUCUAAAUAAAUUAAUUACAAACGUUGUAGUGAAUGUUGUUUGACAACUUCUUUUGCUGUUUAAAUUUAAGAUGAAAUAAUUAUAAAGUAUUGUUAAAGUUUUGUGGAAAUUUAUUUAAUGGCACGUUAAAUUAUUUGGCAAUAAUGCGCUAAAGAUGAGGAUUUAUUGGAAGGGUGUAAAGGUGGUAAAUUAUCAGGCGGGACCAAGAAUUGCAUGAAUUUGUGAGGCCUUCAACUGGAAGAGUUUAAAGUAAUAUUGUAGAAGUUAUGCUUCUUUUAAACAUUCCGAAUUUUAUUUAUUAGCACAGCCACCAUUCAUUGGUUGUCACAGUGAAUUUAGUUACUUGCCUUUGAUAUUGUGAUUAGUUAUUUUCACCCCAUAGCUUUAAAUUGUUGUAAAUACACAUUUCAUGUAUACAUAUCACCCCCCAAAAAAUAAAAUAGUACCUAUGUAAAAACGUGUUUUAAUUAUUAACAUUAACAUUCAAUCUUAAAAUUGGAAUAACAGUAAAAUUCAUUUCCCAAGUUAUUUCGAUGUUGCGGCUUUAAGGGAGUUUUCUUCAGGUCUAGCAGGCGUUCAACGAAUUGUUCCAUCACUGCGCCUAAAAACAAUUUAUUAAUUAAUAAAUAAUUUCAUCAAAAAUAUUAUAAUGAGUAUUAAGUUGCUACAAAAAUUAUUAUUUGGAAUUUAGGAUAUUUUUAAAGUAUUUUUGCUUAAAACAUUUGCUGUAGAAUGACAUUAGAAAUCAAAAUUUCGUUAAAGAAUAUUUUAAUAGUAUUUAUUUAUUAUUAUAAUUAUGUAUUAUUAAUAUUUAUUAUAAGAAAUUGUACAAAAAAUCUAAAAAUCACAUGAGAAAAAAAACAGCAUGCUCUGAUUUCUAUGUGAUCAUGAUAGUUUAAAAAAAUAUGGUAUUCAUAUUGACAAUGAUUACCUUUCAAGCUCGACAACGUGCUAAGAAACUGAGAAAAAGUGUCACUUUUGGCCUAAUUUAGUAAAUUCUUCCGGUUAAAAAAAAUUAACUUACAGACUGAACUAAAAGUAACACACAGACAGGUUGAUUUUAUUUUUGUAAAUACUACAUUUAUAUUAGGUGCCCAUAAGGAGAAAUUGAGUAAUGACGUUAUUUUUUUUUUAAUGACAACCGUAUUUUUUGUUUACUGUAUUUCUAGUAAUAAUAAAAAAAUAAAAAAUAAUAAUUGGCAGUUACCCACACGAGACUUUAUCUUUUUAUUCUUGCCUUAUUAUUUUAUAAGAAGACACAGUUUUAUAUAUAUUAUUUUUUUAAAUAAUUAGCAUGGAAACACUUACUUUGAAACCUAAUAAUACAAAAAAGAAACAAAAAAACAUUCACCCUUUGUAAAAUAUAGAGCAAAAAAGAAAGAUAAAACCGUUUGUGUAAAGUUAAUAUCAAUAGCUUUUUCAUUUUAUUUUCUUCUCUCGAUUUUCUUUUUUUUUAAUUAUGCAUAUCAUACGUAUCAUAAAGAUAAAUUUGUUUACUGUUUUGUGAUAUAGUAGGUACACUUCUUUAUAUAUCUGGUAAUAAUAAAAACAAAAUUAAGAAAUUAUUGACAAAGAAGCUUUAUUUUUUUAUGUUUGUCUGAUUUUAUAAAGAGAAAAUCUUAAUUCAAGCUCAUACGCUAGAGGGCGUAGAAAUUUGUAGUUUUUUAUUUUUAUUUUAUUUAGCAAAACAGGAACGAAUUCAACGUUUUCUAUAAAAACAAGAGAGACCUAUAAAACAGCAUACUCUGAUUUCUAUGUGAUCAUGAUAGUUUUUGAGAUAUUGCUCUAACUAAUAUAGUAAUAAAAAAUGCAUACAUUUACUUGUAUAGUAAGUCCAAAUAAAAACGUCAACAAGAGUAGUCUCUAAAUUUAUAAACAUAUGUAAACUACCUGUCAAUUUUACCAAAUAUUGAGCACCUGUCUUGCUUUAAAUAUUGUUAAUUUUUUUUGAGAAAAGAAAAAAAAUAUGGUAUUCAUAUUGACAAUGAUUACCUUUCAAGCUUGACAACGUGCUAAGAAUCUGAGAAAAAGUAUCACUUUUGGCCUAAUUUAAUAAAUUCUUCCGGUUUAAAAAAAUUAACUUACAGACUGAACUAGAAGAAAUAUACAGACAGGUUGAUUUUAUUUUUGUAAAUACUACAUUUAUAUUAGGUGCCCAUAAGGAGAAAUUGAGUAAUGUCAUUUUUUUUAAUGACAACCGUAUUUUUUGUUUACUGUAUUUCUAGUAAUAAUAAAAAAAUAAAAAAUAAUAAUUGGCAGUUACCCACACGAGGCUUUAUCUUUUUAUUCUUGCCUUAUUAUUUUAUAAGAAGACACAGUUUUAUAUACAUUAUUUUUUUAAAUAAUUAGCAUGGAAACACUUACUUUGAAACCUAAUAAUACAAAAAAGAAACAAAAAACAUUCACCCUUUGUAAAAUAUAGAGCAAAAAAUAAAGAUAAAACCGUUUGUGUAAAGUUAAUAUCAAUAACUUUUUCAUUUUAUUUUCUUCUCUCGAUUUUCUUUUUUUUUAAUUAUGCAUAUCAUACGUAUCAUAAAGAUAAAUUUGUUUACUGUUUUGUGAUAUAGUAGGUACACUUCUUUAUAUAUCUGGUAAUUAUAAAAACAAAAUUAAGAAAUUAUUGACAAAGAAGCUUUAUUUUUUUAUGUUUGUCUGAUUUUAUAAAGAGAAAAUCUUAAUUCAAACUCAUACGCUAGAGGGCGUAGAAAUUUGUAGUUUUUUAUUUUUAUUUUAUUCAGCAAAACAGGAACGAAUUCAACGUUUUCUAUAAAAACAAGAGAGACCUAUAAAACAGCAUACUCUGAUUUCUAUGUGAUCAUGAUAGUUUUUGAGAUAUUGCUCUAACUAACAUAGUAAUAAAAAAAUGCAUACAUUUACUUGUAUAGUAAGUGUAAAUAACAACGUCAGCAAGAGUACUCUCUAAAUUUAUAAACAUAUGUAAACUACCUGUCAAUUUUACUCAAUUUUACCAAAUUUUGAACACCUGUCUUACUUUAAAUAUUGUUAUUUUUUUUAGAAAAGAAAAAAAUUAUGGUAUUCAUAUUGACAAUGAUUACCUUUCAAGCUUGACAACGUGCUAAAAAUCUGAGAAAAAGUAUCACUUUUGGCCUAAUUUAGUAAAUUCUUCCGGUUUAAAAAAAUUAACUUACAGACUGAACUAGAAGAAAUAUACAGACAGGUUGAUUUUAUUUUUGUAAAUACUACAUUUAUAUUAAGUGUCCAUAAGGAGAAAUUGAGUAAUGACGUUGUUUUUAUUUUUUUUUAAAUGACAACCGUAUUUUUUGUUUACUGUAUUUCUGGUAAUAAUAAAAAAAUAAAAAAAAUUAUUGGCAGUUACCCACACGAGGCUUUAUCUUUUUAUUCUUGCCUUAUUAUUUUAUAAGAAGAAACAGUUUUGUAUACAUUAUUUUUUUCAAUAAUUAGCAUGGAGACACUUACUUUGAAACCUAAUAAUACAAAGAAAAGAAAAAAGAAACGAAAAACCAUUCACCCCUUGUAAAAUAUAGAGCAAAAAAGAAAGAUAAAACCGUUUGUGUAAAGUUAAUAUCAAUAUCAUUAAUAUCAUUUUAUUUUCUUCUCGAUUUUUUUUUAGUUAUGCAUAUCAUAUGUUAUGAUACGUAUGAUACGUAUCAUAAAGAUAAAUUUGUGUACUGUUUUGUGGUAUAAUAGGUAAUACACUUCUUUAUAUUUUUUAAGAAAUUAUUGACAGUUAGGAAAAAGAAGCUUUAUUUUUUUAUUUUUGCUUGAUUUUAUAAAGAGAAACUUAAUUAUAAAGAGAAAAUCUUAAUUCAAACUCAUACGCUAGAGGGUGUAGAAAUUUGUAGUUUUUUAUUUUUAUUUUAUUCAGCAAAACAGGAAUGUAUUCAGUAAACGUUUUCCAUAAAAACAAGAGGGACCUUCUCUUGCUUAUAACAUUACAUGCGAGUUAAGAACUGAAGGUCACUUGAAACAUGAUCAACAAAAUACCGUUCAUGGUACUAGAGUUACCACAAAAAUUAAUUCAGUAAAAAAAAAUUUACCUGUACACAAAAUGAUUUUGUCUUUCGUAAGAAAUUUAAGUGUAACUGCAACUUUGGUUAAACAUUCCUCUGACAAAAACGGUGGAUCAGCUAUGACAAGAUCAUAAUAACUAGCUUUUUCCCUCGGAACCCCUAGAGGCGACUUGUAAUCAUAGGGAACAAAAUCAUUGCCAUACACACUAAAACGCUGAUCAUAUUCAUAAAGUGUUACUGAAAAAAGUGACAUUUUUAACACAUGAAUUGGAGUAAAAAACUUCCUCACCUUCCCCCUUGUCACUUACACGUUCCUUCAUCUUUUUGUAAAGUGUUGGGCACGAAACCAGUGCUAUUUUACCAUCUGGACCCACCUCUCUUAAAGCUACAUUAACUAAAUUUUCUGUGGUCUUAUCAUCGUACCAAAACUGACUCAAUUGCUACAAAUUUCAAUGACAAAACCCACAAUUAAGGUACAAUUUAUUUCACAAACCCAGUUUUCGUCUAAAGUGGUAUUUUCAUCAGGUGUUGACAAAAACCGCGUCUCCCUUUCCUCCUGUUCUUUGUAAAACUCCUGAAGCGCCUGAAACGUACUUGCCGACAACUGGGGCACAUCAUCUUCCCCAUCUGACAUUUUUUUUAAUAAAAUUUUUGAAAAUUUUAGGUUAAGGGAUUGGAGGUUAGAAAAAUAUUUGACAUGUGUGUCACUAGCGAAAACAGAAAUCUGUAAUUAAAAAAAUACAAAAUCAACAUAAUAAAUAUUUUCUUGGGCUUAAUCGAACAGAAAUUUAUUAAUAAGUGUGAAAUUAAGUUUUUUUAAGCCAAUUACUAAUAAUUACAAAAGAUCCCAGCCAUCGUGUGUCAAUAAUCUGUUGAUUUUUUCACUAAACGUCAUUUUUCAAAAUCCAAAAUUUUAGUAUGUCGAGCUUAGAAAGCAAGAAAAAGCCCUCCAAACAGUCAAAAAAUAAGGAAAAGAAAGAAUUAGGUGACACCGAGCUUCCCCGCAAACCAAAAAUUAAAAAGGAACAAAAAGGCACACAAGAGACAAAAGUGAAGAAAGGGACCCCGAAGGGUUCUUUGGUUGGUGGUGGCAUUAAGAAAAAGUCCAACAAGAAUGAGUAAACAAGACACACAUUAUUAUUAUCAUGUAAAAUAUUAAUUAAUAAAACAAUAAAAAAAGUGUUA